GGGGCUGAGGGGGGCAGCCCGGGCUCCGGCCCCUUUGCGGACCUGGCGCCUGGCGCCGUGCAUAUGCGGGUCAAGGAGGGCAGCAAGAUCCGGAACCUGAUGGCCUUCGCCACUGCCAGCAUGGCGCAGCCAGCCACACGCGCCAUCGUCUUCAGCGGCUGCGGCGGGGCCACCACCAAGACCGUCACGUGCGCCGAGAUCCUCAAGCGCCGCCUGGCGGGCCUGCACCAGGUCACGCGGCUGCGCUACCGGAGCGUGCGGGAGGUGUGGGAGAGCCUCCCGCCUGGGCCCACGCCGGCCCUGGCGCCUGGCGAGCCGGCCGCCAGCCUCAGUGUACUUAAGAACGUGCCCGGCCUCGCCAUCCUACUUUCCAAGGACGCCUUGGAUCCGCGGCAGCCGGGAUACCAGCCUCCGAACCCUCACCCUGGUCCCUCAUCCCCCCCAGCCGCGCCAACCGCCAAGAGGAGCCUCGGGGACCCUGCAGCUGGGGAAGGCUCUGCGAAGCGCUUGCAACCUGAGCCAGGGGCCACGGUCGAGGACCGGACAGCCUGACAACUCUGGACUCUGGGCCACCUAGACCCCAGCACCUCCUCAGCUGCACCUCCAGGCUCUCACGCCUGGUGCUCUGGAGCCCAUUACCCGACAUAACAGCUCCCUGGACUGGCUGCAUGGACCCAGAGGCAACAUGAGAGGGUCCCCAGUGGUAGAAGAGGGUCCCCAACGCCGCAGAGAAACUCCCUGGGAUGGUUGUUCCUACGCCCGUGUUGCAUGAAGACUCUGAACUGCACCCUCACGUUUUCUGAGCAGUGCUGGGACCUUUGCUCAGGGAGGGAAUGGUGGCAGUGGAGGGGACUCGGGCUUUGUUUAGGACCUCGGGGUUAAAGGCAGCCAACCUCCGCGAAGCUUUGCAAGUGGAGAGGAGCUCUUGGAACCUCCGUUACUGGUGGAGGAGGGCGGCGGGUGAGACUUGGGGACAGGGGGCGUCUGAGAUGUGGGGCCCUGCUCUGCCCUCACCCGGGACCAUUACCUUUCAGCUCUCCUUUCCUGGCUUCUGAGGAGCAUCCCUCAUCAGAGUGGAAGGAGCUUCUCCGUAAGCUCUAGCUCUUUGCCGGCCUGGAAGGAGAGACCUGGGUCAGAAUUCUCUCUGCCUCCUCCCCCAAGCCUCAUGGCUGGAGCCUUGCUUUCAAUAAAACAAACACAGAAAUG